AUGCGAUCUUUCCUCUCCUUCGUACCCCUGCUCGCCCACUCGGCCGCGGCAGGAGUCAUCCACGCAAGAGCAAGUGCAUCCGGGUCCUCGAACGCAGCAGCAGUCACUGCCGCCGCGACAACGGGCAAUCCAUUCUCGGGAUACCAGCUCUACGCAAACUCGUACUACUCCUCCGAGGUGUAUACCUCCGCUAUACCCUCCAUGACUGGUGCCGCGCAAGCAGCGGCGAGUUCGGCAGCGGUUGUACCGUCGUUCUUCUGGCUUGACACGGCUGAUAAAGUGUCCACGAUGGGCGACUUCCUCGCGGACAUCCAAUCUAAGAAUUCUGCUGGCGCGAGCCCGCCUUAUGCGGGUCAAUUCGUGGUUUACGAUUUACCGGAUCGGGAUUGUGCCGCGCUGGCGAGUAACGGCGAAUACUCGAUUGCGGAUGACGGUGUGACCAAGUAUAAGGCUUAUAUCGAUUCUAUCAAGGCUGUUCUUACGACAUACUCUGAUGUCCAGACUAUUCUCGUUAUCGAACCCGACAGUCUUGCUAACCUGGUUACUAACCUGAACGUCGCUAAAUGCGCAAACGCAUACGACGCAUACCUUGAAGGUGUCAACUACGCCUUGACACAGCUCAACCUGGCUAAUGUGGCGAUGUACAUUGAUGCUGGACACGCCGGCUGGCUAGGCUGGGACGCAAAUCUAAGUCCCGCAGCUACACUCUUCGCUUCAGUUUAUAACAACGCUUCCCAGCCAGCAUCACUCCGCGGUCUAGCUACCAACGUUGCAAACUAUAAUGGCUGGUCCCUGGAUUCGUGUCCCUCGUAUACGUCUGGUGAUUCGAACUGCGAUGAGAAGAAAUACGUUAAUGCGAUUGCCCCCUUGCUGCAGAGCGCGGGUUGGGAUGCGCAUUUUAUUACUGAUACCGGCCGAAACGGCGUCCAGCCAACUCAACAAAGUGCCUGGGGAGACUGGUGCAACGUCAAGGGCACUGGUUUCGGCGUUCGACCCACGACUGACACGGGAGAUGAUUUGGAAGAUGCUUUUGUCUGGGUUAAGCCCGGUGGUGAGAGUGAUGGGACUUCGGAUUCUUCUUCUGCGAGAUACGAUGCGCACUGUGGAUACAGUGAUGCGCUGCAGCCUGCUCCCGAGGCGGGAACUUGGUUCCAGGCCUAUUUCGAACAGUUGGUUGAGAAUGCGAAUCCCUCGUUUUGA